CGGCGGCCAAUGAGCGGGCGGGUUGCUGCGGGGUCUGCGAGCGGCGCUUCAUUGUCGGGAGCGGCGGCGACAUGAGGGGCGAUCGAGGCCGCGGCCGCGGCGGCCGCUUCGGUUCCAGGUUCCGGCCCUUUGUGCCCCACAUCCCCUUCGAUUUCUAUGUGUGUGAGAUGGCUUUUCCCCGCGUCAAGCCCGCGGCAGAUGAGACGGCCUUCAGCGAGGCGCUGCUCAAGAGGAACCAGGACCUGGCUCCCACCGCUGCCGAGCAGGCUUCCAUCCUGUCCCUGGUGACCAAGAUCAACAAUGUCAUCGAUAAUUUGAUCGUGGCACCGGGGACGUUCGAGGUGCAAAUCGAGGAGGUUCGCCAGGUGGGCUCCUACAAGAAGGGGACGAUGACGACGGGGCACAACGUGGCGGAUCUGGUGGUGAUCCUGAAGAUCCUGCCCACCUUGGAAGCCGUGGCAGCCUUGGGGAACAAGGUGGUGGAGAGCCUGCGGGCGCAGGACCCCAGCGAAGUCCUGACCAUGCUGACCAACGAGACCGGCUUCGAGAUCAGCUCGGCCGACGCCACGGUGAAGAUCCUGAUCACCACGGUGCCGCCCAACCUGCGCAAGCUGGACCCGGAGCUGCACCUGGACAUCAAGGUGCUGCAGAGCGCCCUGGCCGCCAUCCGGCACGCGCGGUGGUUCGAGGAGAACGCCUCGCAGUCCACGGUGAAGGUCCUGAUCCGGCUGCUCAAGGACCUGAGGAUUCGCUUCCCCGGCUUCGAGCCGCUCACGCCCUGGAUCCUGGACCUGCUGGGGCACUACGCCGUGAUGAACAAUCCCACCCGGCAGCCCCUGGCCCUCAACAUCGCCUACAGGCGCUGCCUCCAGAUCCUGGCGGCCGGGCUCUUCCUGCCCGGCUCCGUCGGCAUCACGGAUCCGUGCGAGAGCGGCAACUUCCGCGUGCACACGGUGAUGACGCUGGAGCAGCAGGACAUGGUGUGCUACACCGCCCAGACCCUCGUGCGCAUCCUGUCCCACGGAGGGUACCGGAAAAUCCUGGGACAGGAGGGUGACGCCAGCUACCUGGCCUCCGAGAUGUCCACGUGGGACGGGGUGAUCGUGACGCCGUCGGAGAAGGCGUACGAGAAACCUCCGGAGAAGAAGGAAGGGGAGGAGGAGGAGGAGAACCAGGAGGAGCCGGCGGCGGGCGAGGAGGAGGAGAGCAUGGAGACGCAGGAGUGACACCUGCGCUGCCUGCAGCAGCGUGUCCUGCUUGCUCAGGUCCAUGUGGGAUGGAUGGGAAUGAGGCAGCUGGGGCAGCAGCAGAAGGAUCCAAGAUUUGAAGGAGCCACCUGGGGCUGCCCACACCCCACUUGAGGCAGCCCAAAUCCCACCUGGGCCUCCCAAAUUCCACCUGGGGGUGUCCAAAUCCAACCUGGAGGUGCCCAGACCCCCCCUGCCAGCACCUGCCCGGCUCUGUUGUCCCCAAGGCCCCUCAGGGACGUGGGAACAUCACGGACUCUCAGUCACUUUUAUUCCAGCGGCCACAAAUCUGGGAACACGGCUCGGAGUGUCCCGGGUCCCUCAGCUGCAGGUGAUGGGGGACAUCCCCUCAAUUCCUGAGCUGGGAUAAACAGGGAUGCCUGCUCCCCUGGCUGGUCACCUGCUCUCCUGGCUGGUCAC